GCGGCGGCGGCGGCGGCGGCCAGGCCUGUGUCUCUUCACAGCAGCUCCGUGCCAGAAAUAUGGCUACGGACUGGCUGGGCAGCAUCGUGUCAAUUAACUGUGGAGAGAGCUUGGGAGUCUACCAAGGCCGAGUGUCUGCUGUGGAUCAGGUCAGCCAGACCAUCUCCCUGACGCGGCCCUUCCACAACGGGGUCAAAUGCCUCGUGCCAGAAGUCACCUUCAGGGCAGGUGACAUUACUGAGCUGAAGAUUCUGGAGAUCCCGGGGCCGGGGGACAGCAGACAAUGUGGGGACUUGCAGCAGAUGGAAAUGGGAAUCCCCGGGGUUGGGUGCCAGGUGGGGCCCAGCCAGAAUGGCACUGGGAAAGUCCUAAAGAAGCCAAUGUCCAGCAGUGCCCCACAGAACAUCCCGAGGAGGACAGAUGUGAAGAGCCAGGACAUUGUCAUCUCCCCACAGCAGCAGUGCUCCAAGAGCUACAUGGAUCGACACAUGGAAACGCUGACCCAGUCCAAAGGCUUCCGUCGGAGGCACAAUUCCUGGUCGUCCAGCAGCCGCCACCCGAACCAGGUGACCCCGAAGAAGAGUGGGCUGAAGAACGGGCAGAUGAAGAGCAAGGACGACGAGUGCUUUGGGGACGACAUCGACGAAAUCCCAGACACUGAUUUUGAUUUCGAGGGCAACCUGGCCCUUUUUGACAAGGCAGCUGUGUUUGAAGAGAUCGAGACUUACGAGAGGAGGAGCGGCACCCGCUCCCGAGGGACCCCUAACGAGAAACCCGCUCGCUACCGGCACGACGAGAACAUCCUGGAGUCGGAGCCCAUCGUCUACAGAAGGAUUGUGGUACCCCAGAACCCUCACAAGGAAUUCUGCACGGACUCGGGGCUGGUGGUCCCCAGCGUGUCCUACGAGCUGCACAAGAAGCUGCUGUCGGUGGCCGAGAAGCACGGGCUGACCCUGGAGCGGAGGCUGGAGAUGACAGGGGUGUGUGCCAGCCAGAUGGCCCUGAGCCUCCUCGGGGGGCCCAACAGACUGAACCCCAAGAACGUGCACCAGCGGCCCACGGUCGCGCUGCUGUGCGGCCCCCACGUGAAGGGGGCCCAGGGCAUCAGCUGCGGCCGGCACCUGUCCAACCACGAUGUCCACGUCAUCCUCUUCCUCCCCAACUUCGUCAAGAUGCUGGAGUCCAUCACCAACGAGCUGAACCUUUUCAGCAAGACACAAGGCCAGCAGGUGUCCAGCGUCAAAGACCUCCCAGACACCCCCGUUGACCUAGUGAUCAACUGCCUGGAUUGUCACGAAAAUGCCUUUCUGAGAGACCAGCCUUGGUACAAAGCCGUGGUGGACUGGGCCAACCAGAACCGGGCCCCCGUGCUGAGCAUAGACCCCCCCAUCAGCGAGAUGGAGCUGGGCAUCGACGCCAAGUGGUCGCUGGCCCUGGGGCUACCGCUGCCGCUGGGCGAGCGUGCGGGCCGCGUGUACCUCUGUGACAUUGGCAUCCCCCAGAAGGUCUUUCAGGAGGUGGGCAUCAACUACCACUCGCCCUUUGGCUGCAAAUUCGUCAUCCCCCUGCACUCCACUUAGAGCCCGUGCAGCCCCCCCCGGCUCUGAAGGGAGAGGGGAGGAGCUCUGUGAAACCAAGCUGUCCAGUGGAUCCCGGCUGGACGCCUCGUGACGCCUUAACAAGGAUGUGAAGUUCUGGAGGGUUCGCCUUCCAGAGGAAACGCUGUGUAUUUAAUAAGAAAAAAUAGAAUAAUCAUAAAAUGAAGCAAAAAAAAAAAAAAAAACCCCGAACAAAACAAAAAAAAAUAAGGAGGAAGAGAAUGUUCCUGCGAAGCCGUUUUCAUUCUCUCGUGCCGUGGGAUGAAGGAGCGUGCAGGACGAUGGUGUCUGUCCCCGGCGAAGGUGGCUGCUGCUGCCCAGCCCUGGCUGGCACGUGGUACAAAAAAGGGUGGUUUGGUGCUUUGAGAUGUGUUUCUGGUCCUUCUGGUUGGAUAUUCCCAGCAAGGACAUCCUGGUGGGAACAGCACCCCUUGAUUGUGUAGAAAUCCCUUGUGUUGAGGGGAAAUCUCGUUCGGUUCCGAUGUUGUUUUUGACUGCCCCGUCCCCUGUUUUGUGUUCCGGAAGGCAGUUGUAGCUCCCUCUCCUUUCCAGCCCCUCACGGAGAGGGUUCCCUGUUUGGAAAGCUUGUGGCAGGAGCCAGAGGCUCACACAUGCUCUGGGAACGCCGAUGUCCCUCCUCAGCUGGGCCUUAUUUCGUACAUACUGUUGGCUUUUCUUUGUUUGCUUCGUGGGUGAAGCCCAGGUCUGUGGGAUGGAGGCCUGGUAUGGAAAAGAACUUUUCCAGGAUACUCGUGGGGUUUGGGGUUGUUUUCUUUUGUUCUUUCUUUGUCUGGCCCAGCGAGUGGCUGAACCAGGGACGGGGGAGUGAAGCAGGGCAGGGUUGCUCUGGGUUUGUUGGACAGUGCAUGGUGCAGGGGGUAUUUGGGGUGAGUUCCCCCGUCCUUCCAGUAUCCCUGCAGCAUUUGGUGUGGUUUGGGAAGUAGCUCACGGAUCUGUUCAUUCCCUUUGGAAUCCAAGCCUGCGUGCAGGUGGGCUUGUGUGCGUGCUGGGAAUCGGCCUGAGGAGGGGCUGGUUCCUGUUUGCUGGCAGGAGAGGGCGUGGGGAGAGCUGCUGUGCUCCUGGAGGGCUGUGGCAGGGGUCCUGGGUGGAAUUUCCGUAGGAAACCUGCUCUGGUGCUGAGUGCUGUCCCGUGCCCUGCCAGAAGUGUUGGAUUAUCCUUUCCUGUGCUCGUCGUGUUGGCCUUGGUGCAGUGCCUGGAGCAAGGGCGAGCUGAGGAACCACCAGCUGGCUUUGGGGAUCAGCUUGGGCCCCACCGAGCUGGCUCUGUGUGCCCUGGAGGGCUUUGUGCCCCGCAGCCGAGCCACGGAGCGCUGCCGCAGCAGGAGGUGCUGGAAGGCCGAGCUGCUCCUUGGGAGGAGCUGGGAGUGUGGCAGUGCUGGGAGCUCUACUGCUCCUCUCACACCUUUCCCCCCCCGCGCUCCUGCAGGCACCUGCGCCUCGCACAGCCCCUGCUCUGGCACCUGGGAGAGCUCCAGGCGCUGCCUUGUCGAGGGCAGCCGGAUCCCUUUGGAGGCUGAAGCACAGGGACCAGUCCAGUGUGGCUCCAGUCCCCUUCACCAUCCCCACAGGCCCGCUUGUGCCCCGAGCUGGGGCUUUAGUCGGGCACUUGUCUUUCCCUUUCCUCUGUUAGGACAAAGGCCAGGGCUCUCAAACGAGGAGGGAAAAGAAGCAUUACUGAGUCUGGCCUGGCAGCGUGGAGCGCCGGGGAGGGCCCAGGAGGCUGCUGCGCACGGGGCUCACCCCGAGGCCUCCCCCCUGCACGUUGCCAUAUCUACCUCAGCAGGACCAGGGCUCUGCCCUGGCUGGCUGCAGCCCUGGUUCCCCUCUGCUGCUCUCGGUAGUGCUGGGGUGGGGGCUCAGCCCUCGAUCCUGGGGGCAGGGCGGGGGCUGUGCCCCACGGUGCAGCCCCAGCUGCGGUGGCAUGGACCAGCCUGUGGUUCUGACUGGGACAGGACAGCAGCGUGGUGGUCUUUCACAACACAAACACAACGAUUCCCUCUGCCUCUCUUGUUUUUUCGGCUGGUGCCUCGGAUCUUUUUCCGGGAGCAGCAGCGGGUUGAAAAGGUUGUUGCUGUAGUCAGUGUUAGCUUUAGUCCCCUUAUUUUCACUCUCUUUGCUCGAGACACUCAGUAGGAGACUUGCUGUUUCAAUUUGUGCUUUCUGCAGGUUUUUCCUGCCCUUUCUGGGUUUGGCUGUUGAACUGUAGCUUGUACAUACAGAGCAGGGCAGGAAUAGUCCAGGGGUGAAGCUGCCCUGCCUGGAGGGCACAGAAGCAGGUGAUGGUGUUUUUGCAGGGAUGGGGCUCUGGGAAGCACUGAGGCCCUGCGUGGUGCCAGCCUUGAACUGGUUCCCCACGGCGAAGCAAAAAAUGAACAGUGUUGCACACCAGCAGGGUUCACGCCCUGGUGUAGGGAACGGGUGUUCAGGGCACAGCAGGCAGCGCGGCGCUGUGCUCACCGUCUGGGAGAUCGGGGUAUUUGGCUGUACCUCCCCUCACAGGCAGCUGUUUCUUGAGGAAGCACCGGCUUCACACCCUGGAAUGUGAGGUGUCAGCACUUCUGGAGCACUUGGAGACCCAGAAAGGCGUCUGGGUGUCCUCCUCCCCGUCCCCCACGGUGCCAGAGUUAAUUCCAAGCGUGGAGCACUGCUGUAGCUGCUUUUGGGAUAGCUCCUAUGCCCACCUGCCCCAGCACCACAGGAAGGGCCCCCGGGUGCUGCUGUGGGCCCGCACAGGUGGCGAGCGCUGCUGUGGCACUGCUCGGUAACCCCGUUUGUGACCUGAUGUUUGUAACGACCAAUUCCUGCCACUGCGGGGGAGGAUGCCCUGAAAUAAAGUGCAACUCUUCAUGUGU